CACAAGUAGUCUCAUGAUGUUGCAUUAUAAAAAGUGAAAUGUAUGUUAAGAUAACUGUACAUUCUGUACGUCAAUGAUGUGAUAUCUGUCACGUCCUCAAAAAUGCAGAUCAUAUCAAAUAUAUGUUCUUCCUGCAACAAGAUUUACGUUUCUGGUGGCACGUAAGCUCACGAAGUGUGGUCGAUGUUAUCGAAAGUAGGAAACGUAUUUUACCGCAAUAGUUAUCAGUUCUAACCGUGACUGAGGAGGCGUACCAGUGAAUUUAAUCAUGAAAAUUGAACCCAGUGAAAACAUGUUUCGUACUUUAAUAUUGCUUACUCUACUUUUACCUUCUAUUGUGUACUGUAACUAUUUUAUGACAAACAAUGAGAAAAACGAUCAGUGCUUUUGUAAGUUGAAAGGAUCAAUUGAUGACUGUAGCUGUAGCGUAGAUACAGUGGAUUACUUUAAUAAUAUGAAGAUUUAUCCAAGACUUCAGAGUCUUCUAGUCAGAGAUUAUUUUCGCUUUUAUAAAGUAAAUUUAAAACAAGAAUGUCCCUUUUGGACUGAUGACAGUAAAUGUGCUAUGAGAUAUUGUCAUGUACAGCCUUGUCAAGAUGAAGAUAUUCCAGAUGGUCUGAAAGGAGAUGUACUUAGGAAUAUUCACUUUAAUGAAAGUCCUGUAGAUAAAUAUAAACCUAUAAAUCAGUUUAAUGAUUGCCUAUACAGUGCUAAAGAUCAUAAUAAGGAACUUGGUUAUUUAAACACAACAAUUAGCUCAGAAAAUUACAAAGAUUUUGAACUAUGGCAACAGUAUGAUGAUGCUCAAGAUAAUUUCUGUGUGAAAGAGUCAAGUCCUGGAGAAUAUGUAAACCUUUUACUUAAUCCUGAAAGGUAUACAGGCUAUAAAGGACCUAGUGCACACAGAAUAUGGCGCAGUAUUUACAUGGAAAAUUGUUUUAGACCUGAAAAUUCACCACAUAAUUUCAUUCAGUCUUCAAAAAUAAAUGGAAUGUGUUUGGAAAAAAGAGUAUUUUAUCGCGUUAUAUCAGGUCUUCAUGCCAGUAUUAAUAUUCACUUAUGUGCAAAGUAUUUACUAUCUCCAAAAGAUAGUUUAGCAAUAGUACCUACUGGCCAGUGGGGUCCUAAUUUACAAGAGUUUCAGAACAGAUUUUCUCCAGAAACAACUGGAAGUGAAGGUCCAAACUGGUUAAAAAAUUUAUAUUUUACUUAUCUACUUGAAUUAAGAGCCUUGGCUAAAGCUGCACCAUAUUUAGAAAGAGAAGAAUAUUAUACUGGUAACAGAGCACACGAUAACGAUACUCGCUUAGCAAUAAAUGAUAUUCUAGCUGUUGUUAAAUCAUUUCCAGAACAUUUUAAUGAAAGCGUUAUGUUUACUGGCGGAGCGGAAGCUCUGUUAUUAAAAGAACAAUUUAGACAACAUUUUAGAAAUAUAUCUCGUAUUAUGGAUUGUGUAGGGUGCGACAAAUGUAAACUUUGGGGAAAGCUUCAAACGCAUGGUUUGGGUACAGCGUUAAAAAUUUUGUUCUCGGGAAAAUUUGACAGAUGGGAACCGACAUUAAAUCACUUCAACAAGAAGACAUUUUUCUUAGAAAGAAGUGAAAUCGUUGCUCUUAUAAAUGCUUUUGGAAGAUUGUCGGAAAGUAUCUUUGAAUUGGAUAGAUUUAGACAAAUGUUGAGAUAGUAAAGCAGUAAUUACGAAUGAACUAAUUAAGUUAAUGCAGUAAAAUACAUCACACAAAUAAAUUUGUAUAUGAAUUAUACAUAAGUAAGUUUGUCGAGCAGCUGAUUUAUAUAAGCUAUAAAUUAUUUACAAUUCUUACAUCAUUUAUUAAAGGUACGAUAUAAAGUCGCAAUAAAAAUUGCUACAGAUUAUGGGUAAUUGAGUUUUACAUUCUUUGUAAACAUUACAUUUCUAACAAAUUUUGUUAAACUUUUAUUGCGAUUUUAAGGGUAAUUUAAACUCCAUCUGUGAUAAAUAUUUU